AUGACUGUCGUCUCAAUAUAUGGUCUCCAUUUGAUAAACCUGAGGCUCCUCUUAUCCAUUCAAUCCCAUCCGGUCAUACAGCAAACAUUUUUUCUGCCCGUUUCAUGUCUCAUACAAAUGAUCGUCAUAUAGUUUCUUGCUCUGCAGAUGGAAUAGUCUUGUUUACUGAUUUAAGUGACUAUAUAACAAAAUCUCCUGCUCACAGUUGGCAUCCUUUCCCUGCUUUUCGUUGUCAUGACGGAAUGGC